UUGGAAAGUGGGAGAGUUCAGAAAUCAAGAUGGCAGCUACUCACCACAACUCACCAUUCUGUCCGGAGGAAAACCAGCAGAAUGAGCUGCCUGAUUAACACCAGAUGUUCCUCUGAGGAGGAGGGGGAGGAGCCUGUUUGGAUUGUGGGCGGAGCCAGGUCUCCACUCGGCUCUGUGGUUUGAUUCCAGCAGGUAGUCUGGGYUCCACACAGGUCCGGUUCGGGAGCAUUGAGUGAGUCUGGAGACAUGCUGAGCAGAAGGAGCUCCUCCGCCGGGUCGACGAGCUCCGCGGCCGGGGCAGCAGCGGACCGCGGCGGGGUUGGGGACCGGCUGCAGGCGGCCCUGGCCGGCCUGCAGGAGCUACAUCUGCUCAGGGACCGGCAGGGCGACCUGGUGAGCUGGGCUCUGGGGCUGGACCGGGAGGAGCCGGCGUCCUCGGUGCCGUCGGACCCGGGGGUGGUGGUGAUGGGGGCCGAGGAGCAGCGGCUGGAGGCGACCCUGACCUCCCUGAAGCAACAGCUGUCCCGUCUUCAGAAACAAGACAUGGGUCUGAAGACUCACCUGCAGCAGCUGGACCAGCAGAUCCACGAGCUGAAGCUGGACGUGAAGAAGGCCUCCACGGAGCAGCUGGAGAGCGACAGCAGGCCCAGUUCAGGUUUCUACGAGCUCAGCGACGGCGGGUCCUGCUCCCGGUCCAACUCCUGCACCUCUGUCUACAGCGAGUGUCUCUCGUCCUCUCAGACCAGCCUCGUCCCCGUGAGUCCCUCCAGCUGUCACGUCGGCCCCCCGCCGCAGGUCGACGCGUGCCACCGCCGCUCCGCAGACGAGAGCCAGCCGACCCUGCCGCGGGCCACCGGCCUUCACUUGGGCAGCAGCAGGAUUCGAGCCAAGGCUGCCGGGGUCGAACACACGCGACCCCGACCCGUAUCGACAGGUGAUCUCGACAAAAUGUUGACUCAAGGAUUGGGCUGUUUUAAAUCUGCUGAGGCAAAGAAACCUCGAAGUUUUCUCCUGGAGCCUCCCAGCUGGACUGAGGUGUACCAGUACCCCAGCCCCCUUCAUGCUGUGACUCUCCAGAACCAGAUCCUCCUCCGAGGCGGUGAAGCUGAUAAACCUGGUCUUCUAGAGGGUCUGGGUGCCCCUGAAAACUGUUACGACUCCGUCCAAACGGGGUCCAGAACCCUGAGCUACUUCGACAAGCUCCUGCAGCGCAGCUUGAGCAAAAUCCACAAAGACACGAUGAAACCGGAGGACUGCUGCGACGUGAAGUCCACCAGAAAUGUUCCUGAAGCAUCUCAGAAAUGUGCGUCCAUGCUGCCGCCUUCACGAGCCAAAACUAACAACGCUGUUCCACCAAUCAGUGACCAGAAGAKGCGGAGCUCCAGCCAAGAACCAAUGAACAAAACGAACCAGAAACCAGAUGGUCUCAAUCGGUACUCUGCUGCCGCCAAGGACUACAGGUCCAACCAGGUCGCCUGUUCGUCCCUGAAGAAAAACCAGAAACCCCAAAGAGAGAACGCUACAGUGGCACGGAGCCAUUCCCAUAAAAAGUUGUAUUUAGAGCCACGAGAGCAACAAAACCCGGGAAUUACCCAAAGCUUUGGCUCGCCUGAGUUAGUCCACGCCAUGUUUGUCCCCGCCGGUUCCCAGAGGAGACAAGCGGACCGUAGAACCAAAUCCGUGAAGCUAAGGCCGAGGAGCGGCGGCGCCAAACCUCGAGCGACGAAACACCAACAUGGCCUCAACGCCAAGAGGAGCGGCGCCGAGGCCAASGGGAGGGGGAGAGCCACGAACCGAGCCAACGCCUGUCCAGAACUCGCGUCCAACGGUUCCGGACUCAAGGUCCAACCCAAAAGUGGUUCUGUGCCUGCUUUUGGAAAGCUCGGUAAAAGUUGUGGACCUCGGUGCCUGGAGUACGAACACCCGGCGGAGCGGAGGAGGAGGCAGGCUGCGGCCAAAUGGCAGUCUGACAUGGACAUAAGCCACACCCCCUACGUCCAGAGGUCCAAAGAGUCCCGCCUCCAGGCCUCGGAGAGCGUCCAGAUGGUCUGCAGCGUCAGUGCCAAGUCCGGACACUGGGUUGGACCACAGCAGCCCUUCCAGUUCCCCGUGUUCUCCGGUACUUUCCUCCACACUCUGAACUCAGGCUAUCCCCCAGCACCGGUCCACGCGUCCGGCCCGUACCCCCCCAGGUGCGAGUCCGAGUACUCGGCCGAGUGCCCCUCGCUCUUUCAUUCCACCAUCGUUGAGAGCAGCGAGGGGGAGACCAGCGACAACACCACCAACCGCUUCGGGGACAGCGAGUCCAGCCGGAGCCUCCGGUCCUGCUCGGACUCCGACAGCAGCCUGGAGGAGGAGGAGGAGGAGCAGCAGGGUCUGGUGUGGGCCGAGGCCUCGCCGGGGCCCCCCCACCAGCCCCCGCCCCGCCCCGGGCCAUCCACCUGCCGCAUCAAAGCCUCCCGGGCCCUGAAGAAGAAGAUCCGGCGGUUCCAGCCGGCCUCUCUGAAGGUCAUGACCCUGGUGUGAAAAGAUACUUUUAAAAACAAAGAUCCUAAUCUGAACCGGACUGCAUUUCUGUGAUUUUUUUAUUUUUAACAAAAAAAAAAAUCUUGUUUUAAGCUUUGAGGAUGACUUUCUGCUACUACGGCACCAAAUUUCAGCUCGAUAUUCGUAGAAGUUUGUUUCAGCUGAUGUUGACAAACUGACCUUAAAUUAAAGUCCAAACAUGAAACCGUGUA